AUGACCCCUUAUGACCAGUCGAAAUUAAAGCUGAUUAAGAAAGCCAAAAAGCGCAUCUUGUGGCCUUCGUGUCAACAUCAACAACUUCCCAUCACCUCUCAAAUUUCAACAUCCACAGAGUCUCUACAAGUCGGAGGAACUGGAAAUUACGUUCCCCUGUCAGAUGCAACGCCACUGGUUGCAUGGAGAAGAGUCUUCUACCUCAAAUCAAGCUACAAUCCCACGAUUCAUAGGCCCAAAUCGACCGCCAUUAGAUCCUGUCCCCUGAUCGCGGAAUCGCAUUCAAUCUAUACACCCCUGGAAAGCGAGGCUAGUUAG